ACCUGAAGCAACGCUCAGGUUUCAUUCAAGACACCCCCGCGUCAGCAACAGCUGCCUUGGAGCGUGAACUGGCUAGGAGAAGUGGAAAAUAACGUUCUCUGCGAAAGACUUGAAGAAGGACAUAAUUAACGGGCUAAUUAUUGGCUUCUUUGGAAAUAUAUACAUUUUAACUGCGAAAGACCCCUGUUGAGAGACCCCGGUGUGGUCAUAUCUCUUCGCAAUGCGAAGAUGGCCAGCCUGCUCCCUCCCACAGGCACCCAUGUGUUCCGCCGCUUCACCCCCGAAUCGCUGGCGGAGAUCGAGAGGCGCAUGGAGGAGAACAAGCUGAAGGAGGCGGAGGGAGAGGUCCAGGAGGCGCUCGCGCCCAGCAGUGACCUGGAGGCGGGCAAGAACCUGCCCAUGAUCUACGGAGAUCCUCCGCCGGAGAUGCUUAACGAUCCCCUGGAAGACCUGGACCCGUACUACAAGUCACAGAAAACAUUUAUUGUCAUCACCAAAGGGAAUACAAUCUACAGGUUCAAUGCGGAGCCUUCCAUGUACAUUCUCAGCCCCUUUAGCCCUCUGAGAAGAGGAUCAAUCAAAAUUCUCAUACAUUCAUUAUUUAGCAUGUUCAUCAUGAUCACCAUUCUGUCAAAUUGUGUGUUCAUGACGAUGAGUAAACCGCCACCAUGGAGUAAAACUGUUGAGUACGUUUUUACUGGUAUUUAUACCUUUGAGGCGACAGUCAAAAUGCUGUCGAGAGGCUUUGUCGUUGGACCUUUUACAUUCCUUCGAGAUCCAUGGAACUGGCUGGAUUUCAUGGUGAUCAGCAUGGCGUACAUCACAGAGUUUGUUGAUCUGGGAAACGUCUCAGCCCUCAGGACGUUCCGUGUGCUUCGAGCUCUAAAAACAAUCACUGUUAUUCCUGGAUUGAAAACUAUUGUGGGAGCUCUCAUCCAGUCGGUGAAGAAGAUGGUGAAUGUGAUGAUCCUGACUGUGUUUGCCCUUGCUGUCUUCGCCCUCAUCGGCCUGCAGCUGUUCAUGGGAAACCUGCGCCAUAAGUGUAUUCGCUGGCCCCUUGUGAACGACACUUUGGUCAACGACUUCAAUUCCACCAUGUCCAUCAACGAUACCAUGGCCUUCAACAUCACCGCCAGCACCAACAGCACAUUCGAUUUCAAGGCAUACAUCAACAAUGAAGAAAACUUCUACUAUAAUGGCGGUUUAGAUCCCCUUCUUUGUGGAAACGGCUCAGAUGCUGGAAAGUGCCCUGAAGGAUAUACAUGCAUGAAGGCUGGAAGAAACCCCAACUAUGGCUACACAAGCUAUGACUCCUUCGGCUGGGCUUUUCUGGCUCUCUUCCGCCUCAUGACACAGGACUACUGGGAGAACCUCUUCCAGCUGACAUUACGUGCAGCAGGAAAGACCUACAUGAUCUUUUUUGUGGUUGUCAUCUUCUUGGGCUCCUUCUACCUCAUCAACCUAAUUCUUGCUGUGGUGGCCAUGGCCUAUGAUGAACAGAAUGAAGCCACAAUGGCUGAGGCCAAGGAGAAGGAGGAGGAGUUUCAAAGGUUUCUGGAGCAACUGAAGCAACAGGAUACACACGUGCACCUUAGUGACAGCAAUUCAUCGCUGGCCAGUAAAAAAGACAAAAAGGGGGAGGGCGGGUCAGAACAUAACUUUGCUGAUGACGAGCAGAGCCUUGGGGAGGAUGGUGAAGUCAUAAAAGACCGCAGUGGGAAAAUUGUGCCCAGAUUUGUCAUCGACAAAGCAUCUUCAGAGGAAGAGUCUGCUGCAGAGGAAACCGACAGCAAUGAAGAGAAGUCCAGUGGCUCCAAACACAGUAUGAUGUUUCUGGAAGAGCCUGGCCUGACCAAGAAGUCUGCUAGCAAAAUGAGUGUCUUCUCUACUGCCAUAGAAGAACUCGAAGAUGCCCAGAGGCCAUGUCCUCCAGGAUGGUACAAGUUUGCUAACACAUUCCUGAAAUGGAAUUGCUGUCCACUCUGGAUCACCUUCAAAAAGUGGGUCUACUUUGUGGUGAUGGACCCCUUUGUGGACUUGGGCAUCACCAUAUGCAUCGUCCUCAACACCCUCUUCAUGGCUAUGGAGCACUACCCAAUGAGCAAAGAAUUUGAUCAUAUGCUGUCUGUGGGAAACCUGGUUUUCACAGGGAUCUUCACAGCUGAGAUGGUUUUCAAACUCAUCGCUAUGGACCCAUACUACUACUUCCAGGUUGGGUGGAAUGUUUUUGACAGCAUCAUUGUCACGCUGAGUCUGGUGGAGCUGGGGCUAGCCAAUGUCCAAGGCCUAUCUGUUCUGAGGUCUUUCCGUUUGCUGCGUGUUUUCAAGCUGGCCAAGUCUUGGCCUACCCUUAACAUGCUGAUCAAGAUCAUCGGGAACUCCGUGGGCGCCCUGGGCAACUUAACCUUGGUGCUCGCCAUCAUCGUCUUCAUCUUCGCUGUGGUGGGCAUGCAGCUGUUUGGCAAGAGCUACCAGGAGUGCGUGUGCAAGAUCGCCGAGGACUGUGAGCUGCCCCGGUGGCACAUGAAUGACUUCUUCCACUCCUUCCUGAUCGUGUUCCGCAUCCUGUGCGGGGAGUGGAUCGAGACCAUGUGGGACUGCAUGGAGGUGGCUGGAACAGCCAUGUGUCUCAUCGUAUUCAUGAUGGUCAUGGUCAUCGGAAAUCUGGUGGUCCUGAACCUCUUCUUGGCCUUGCUUCUGAGUUCGUUCAGUGGGGACAACUUGGCAGGGGGAGACGAUGAGGGGGAGAAUAACCUGCAAAUUGCCAUCGGCAGGAUCACCAGGGGUAUCGACUGGGCAAAGGCUUUUAUUGCCAGGAAAAUCAGGCAUAUGCUGGGCAAGAAAGACCCUGAGGGUGGUGACAAUGGCGAUGAGGAUGAUGCAAAAAAAGAGAGUUUUGCGCUGAACCACAUGGAUUCCGGAGAGGACCCCAAGACAGACUUCAAAAUGGUGGAUGGUGUGGCAAACUCCACAGAUGAAGUUUAUCCCAGCAUGUUUAUGGUCAAAGCUGACGUGCCCCUCAAAGUUCCCAUUGCUCGGGGGGAGUCUGAUUUAGAAAAUCCUGAGGAUGAGGAUGAGGAUGAGGAUGAGUCCUCCUCCUCCGAAGAUGAAGCAGAUAUCAAUCACUCAAGAAAACUUCUUGGUGCCCUUGAUGAAUCAUCAGAAUGCAGUACAGUGGACUAUGUGCCUCCAGAGCCAGAGAAGGAGGAGGAGGAGGAGGAAGAACCAGAGCCGGAAGACCCCCAGGCCUGUUUCACAGAAGGUUGCAUCAAACGUUGGCCUUUCCUGGACGUGGACAUCACACAGGGCAAAGGGAAGAAAUGGUGGAACCUUCGGAGAGCCUGUUUCACCAUUGUGGAACACGACUACUUUGAGACCUUCAUCAUCUUCAUGAUUCUCCUGAGCAGCGGAGCCUUGGCCUUUGAAGACAUAUACAUAGAACGCCGCAGAACCAUAAAAAUCAUCCUGGAAUAUGCAGACAAAGUCUUCACCUACGUAUUUGUUAUUGAAAUGCUCCUAAAAUGGGUUGCUUAUGGAUUUAAGACAUAUUUUACUAAUGCUUGGUGCUGGCUGGACUUCCUGAUUGUAGAUGUUUCCUUGAUCAGUUUGACAGCAAACCUAAUGGGAUAUUCUGAGCUGGGACCCAUCAAAUCUCUGAGAACACUGAGGGCCUUGAGGCCCCUCAGAGCUCUGUCCAGAUUCGAGGGGAUGAGGGUGGUGGUGAACGCACUGGUGGGGGCCAUUCCCUCCAUCUUCAAUGUGCUGUUGGUGUGCCUCAUCUUCUGGCUUAUAUUCAGCAUCAUGGGGGUUAACCUGUUUGCCGGGAAGUUUUAUCGAUGCAUCAACACCACCAGCGAGGAGGUCUUCCCUGUUAGUGUGGUUAACAACAAGAGCGACUGCUUGGCCCUCAUGCACACCAAUGAGGUGCGCUGGGUGAACGUCAAGGUGAACUACGACAACGUGGGCCUGGGUUACCUCUCCUUACUGCAAGUGGCAACAUUCAAAGGUUGGAUGGACAUUAUGUAUGCAGCUGUGGAUUCACGUGAGGUCGAGGAUCAGCCUGAUUAUGAGAUCAAUCUCUACAUGUACCUGUACUUUGUCAUCUUCAUCAUUUUUGGGUCUUUCUUCACACUUAACCUUUUCAUUGGUGUUAUUAUUGACAACUUCAAUCAGCAAAAGAAAAAGUUCGGAGGGAAAGACAUCUUCAUGACAGAGGAACAGAAGAAAUACUACAAUGCAAUGAAGAAACUUGGCUCUAAGAAACCAGUGAAACCCAUUCCAAGACCGUCGAAUGAAAUCCAAGGAAAAGUGUAUGACUUCAUCACCCAACAGUUCUUUGACAUCUUCAUCAUGGUGCUGAUCUGCCUCAACAUGGUGACCAUGAUGGUAGAAACAGAUGACCAGAGUCCAGAGAAGGAGAAUGUUCUCUACCUAAUCAACUUGAUAUUCAUUGUGGUUUUCACUGGAGAGUGUCUCCUGAAGAUGUUUGCUCUAAGACAAUAUUUCUUCACCGUUGGAUGGAAUAUUUUUGAUUUUAUUGUGGUCAUCCUGUCAGUAGUGGGUAUCAUGCUAUCGGACAUCAUAGAGAAGUACUUUGUGUCACCCACCCUUUUCAGAGUCAUCAGACUGGCUAGAAUAGGUCGUGUCCUGCGUCUUAUUCGGGGAGCCAAGGGUAUCCGAACGCUGCUGUUUGCUUUAAUGAUGUCACUUCCUGCUCUCUUCAACAUUGGUCUUCUCCUCUUUUUAAUCAUGUUCAUUUUCUCCAUAUUUGGGAUGUCCAACUUUGCAUAUGUCAAAAAACAGGCUGGGGUUGACGACAUGUUCAAUUUUGAGACGUUCGGCAAUAGCAUUAUUUGCCUUUUUGAGAUCACCACCUCUGCUGGUUGGGAUGGGCUCCUGCUUCCCAUGCUGAACAGUGGGCCACCAGACUGUGACCCUGAUGUAGAGAAUCCAGGGUCUGAAGUCAGAGGGAAUUGUGGGAAUCCUCUUAUGGGCAUCAUAUUCUUCUGCAGCUACAUCAUCAUGUCCUUCCUUGUAGUGGUCAACAUGUACAUUGCCAUCAUCCUAGAGAAUUUCAACGUGGCCCAAGAGGAGAGCGGGGAUCUCCUCUGUGAGGAUGACUUUGAGAUGUUCUACGAGACUUGGGAGAAGUUUGAUCCGGACGCAAGCCAGUUUAUAAAGUAUGAGCAAGUGUCAGACUUCUGUGAUGCCUUGUUGAAUCCUCUGAGGAUUCCAAAACCAAACAAGCAAAAACUGAUAGCCAUGGACCUUCCGAUGGUAUCUGGGGACAGAUUCCAUUGUCUGGACAUACUGGUUGCCCUCACAAUGGAGGUUUUGGGUGACACGUUAGAGAUGGUUGCCAUGAAGGAGAGCAUGGAGGCAAAGUUUAUCAUGAACAAUCCCUCCAAUUCAUCUUUUGAGCCAAUCACCACCACUCUGAGGCGCAAGGAGGAAGAGAUGGCAGUUGUUGUGAUUCAAAGGGCCUAUCGUGGACAUCUGAUAAAGAGGUCCAUCAAACAGGCCUCCUAUAUGCACCGCUCCAAGGCUGCUGUGAGGAAAGGGAAUGAUGACCCACCAGAAACAGAGGGAUUGAUUGCCAGAAAGAUGAAAGCACUCUAUGGAAGCCAGGCCCUUGAUGAUGACCCUGAUUCUCCACGCUCCGUAGAACCCGGAGUAAUGUGGCCUCCCCUUUCCACUGAGGAGCCGCAAUUUGUGGUUCCUGUGGAAGUCACUAAUGAGGUGGUCUUGCACUCAGCCCCUUCCCGUCACCCCUUAACAUCAGAGAGCAACAUCAGGGAGUCCAUCGUAUAACAGACAGCACUUGAGAAAGUUGUCCAUUGGAAGAUUGGCACUAGUUAAAGUGAGUUGUUAGGGAGAGAGACCGCAGUAUCUUGGCAACACGGCUAACACCUCGCAUGGCACUAAUUGAAAGGGAUUGCACUUAGCUGAUAGAUCACAUACUUGGGAGUGUGAUAAAUACAGAAAUUGGGUUUGUUGAAAGACAGGGCUAUCUGCUGGAAUUCUUUUUUUAAAGCCUUUGAUCAACUUCGGCCUGGAUUGGUAAUUCAAAACCAGUCUGAGAGCAAUAAACUGUGCCUGAAAUGGUUUUUAUUACCACUUAAGUCAAUGAUGAUUUAAUUUUAUGAACAGAAAUUAUUUAUCGUUUUUCUGGGUAAAAAUUUUAAGAAAAUGGUACCUUUAUCAGAAGAACCCACAUAGCAUAUAUGGUAAGCUUUUAAGAAAUAGGUCUACAUACUGUACCAGUGAAGUAUUAUCUAUAAACCUAUCAAGGGCAAAUACCUCCAGGUCCAAAUGGCCAGAACAACAAAAGCACAACAAAAGUUCCAUCACACCAUCAGCAAUACCCACUCCUCAUUCCCAUUAUAAAUAGCACCUUCUAUCACCCAAACAAACAGAAACUUAAAAAACAUUUCAAGGUUCAUUUGCAACUUUGAAUGAAAAAAGUACCAGGGGAUGUAAUUGUCAAUUGUACAACUACAGCAGCAUAGCCAUAUAACUUUUGGUGUUCUAUUGUGAAAUGAAGGGCUCAUUUUGUUUGCCCAAAUGUAAAAUGAAUCCCUGAACACUGCUCUCUACUUUUCAUGCUGUAUGAAACUCCAAAGCUAAAACCAGUCACUGUGAAGGUAAUGCCCAAUGUCACAACUGUCGUAGUGUUUUAUUAAUUAACAAAUUGGUCAGUGCUAAAAUCAGUAGAGGGUAUCCUAACCUGUGCCGCAUAAUUGGCACUGCUGUUAGGAUGUUCCUGCAUUGGUGGCGUCCACUCAUUUCAUGGGGCAUAGAUAUGUACAUCAGAAAUGUAUGCCCCUAUAGUCCAAGAUGAACUUUUUAGACUGUAAGAAACAUCAUAGUCAUUUUCAGUCCUUUUUGCUAUCCCUGCCCUUUCAGGAAAUUGCUUUCUUUGAAAUUGAGAUGGCUCCAUUUCAUUUCAAUUCAAUAAACUUUAUUUAUCCCUGAGGGCAAAUUCAUUGCUGGGCGUAUUAUCAAUCAAAAACAAAAACAAACUGGACAGACGGGACAGUAUGCAUUCUAAGUAUUUGAGCAGUAUGCAUUCUAACUAGAAUGUCUGCAAUAAUUUGGAAUUUGUACUGCUUAAACGUUAAAGAGAUGUUUUGAAGAACUCUAUUUUUGAACUUUUAUGUGAAAAAGAAAACAAUGAACUAUGUGCCUUCUGUGAAGCCCACGAGAAACCACUGGGCUCUUGACUGAUGAAUUGUUAUUUUGGUUAAUUAACUCACACUUACUGUAACACCUCUCAAUAAAUGUAGUGUAUAUUUAGCAGAAAAUCUACUGUAACCCAUCCAGGAAAGCAGUUGUAGUUUGACUGUGUGUAUACAAAAAUACUACUUAAAAUGCUGCUAAUUGAGGUAAAAUACUCAUUUAAGUGAAAAGAGAAUAAUUGAAAUGAAACAGCAUGCUGUUUUAUUAGGAAGUCAAGCACUAUGGAAUGAUAGGUACCAGAAAAAGACUACAGUUUUUGGAGAUUCCCAAUACCGUAUCCAGCUGAGGCACUUGCUUUUUGUACAACGAUGCAUCCUAUCAUCUAGAUGAAAUCCUGGUCA